AUGAAUGAUCUCGUGCUAAUGUACUUGGAAAACUACCCUGGAGCCCCACCCCUCACCGACGACCGCCUCCUCCGCAGCCCCGACGCCGCCGACCGCGCCCUCGCCAAGCGCAGCAACACGCAAUGGCACCUGAUGAUCACGGACGAGUCCAGCUUCCUCAUCUUCCUCGCCGGCGUCGCCUGCCUGCGCAACACCAUGAGCCCGUGCCGGCAAUGGCAGACCGACUACCUCCUCCUCCAGCAAGACCUGAUCCGCAGCAUCCGCUCCCGCAUGCCGUCGCCGUCCCCGUCCCGCGGCAGCAGCAGCACCGACGACGACGGCUCCGACGCCGCCACGGAAAAGCCGCCUAUCCCUUACAUCUUCGCUGUGGCAGCGCUGGGCGCCGCUGGUGCCGUCUUCUCCGACCUCCCCGCCGCCCUCCUCCACCUGCGCGGCGCGCGCGAACUCGUCCGGCUCCGCGGCGGCAUCGAGUCGUUCGACGGCAACGUCCUCGCGUGGCGGGCCGUGACGUGGUGCGAGUGGCUCGUCUGCGCCGCGUGCGACUUGUAUCCGACCAUCACGCCACCAGUACCACCGCCUAUCGACGCUACGCCGGUGUAUCCGCGGGAGUUCGUGGAGGAGGUGCAGGCGGUGCAGGGGAGGACGAGGGGGAGGUUGGCGCUUUGCGGUGUGGGGAGUGGGGGGAGCAGGAGGAUGAGGAGGUUGGAUGGGGUGUUCGAGGCGCUGACGCUGGUGAGCAGGGCGACGACGGGGGAGAGGUGGAGGCGGGUGUUUCAGGCGGGGGGGCCGGAGAAGGAUGCGGUGGCGGUGGUGUUGGAUUGGGUUGGGAAUGUGUUGUUGGUCGAGGUGGUGCGGUUGGUGCGGGGGGAUGCGGCGGAGGAUGUGGUGGUGGAGGUGGCGGGGGAUGGUGAGGAUGACGACGGCGAGGGUGCGGGUGAGGAGGGGCUGGAUGGCGAGGACGAGGGGGAAGGGUGGGUGUACGCGGUCUUGCUGCAUGCGGCUAACGCGUACCUUUGCGCCACGCUGAGCGAGAUACCGGCAAUUUCGGCCUUGAAUCUGGUGUACCUGCGGCGACUGCGGAGCGCUCUUGAGGGUGCAAUCAAAGGGUCAAAUAUGCAGCAAUGGAGGGGAAGUAGUAGCGGGGUGGAGGCGUUGGAUGCAACGACGCUGAUGUGGGUGCUGGUUGUGGGGUGGUUUUUGGCCGAGAAGACCCAGGCGCCUGGGAAAGCAGAGUUUUGGUUUUGGUUUGAGGCCAGAAUUUUGGACUUGUUCAGUCCAAAGUUGAAGCUGAAGCCAUCCGCCAUCAUGUCAACCGGGUGGGAUGUUAGGCGUAUAUUCAACUCGAACAUCAAUCCGCUCGUUGCCCUUGAGGACUUCUUAAUCACUGAAUUUCCUGAUCCGGAAGACCGCCGUGGAUUCACGGAUGCCGAGCUUGAAAGUGUCAGGCACGACAUGAGAGUGCGGCAAAAUCCUAUACCGGUGGACGAAUUCAUCCAUCAAGUGGAGUCGAUGAGCUUCUUCGAUAAGGCCGAGUCCGAAAAGCUGUUGGGGUGGAUGUCCCGCGACUUUGUCUCAUGGGUCCCCUUGGGUCGCGACUCAAUUGACGGCACCGCAUACCGAGUUGUCCUAGGCGUCUCCAGAUUCAGCAACGUGCAGCCUUACAGCCAUCGCGGUCGCGGGCCUGGUUAUCUCCUGGGCACCAACUUUAUCGCCCUCAAUGUUCUCGGUGCGGAGACUAGCGUUCAGGAAUCUUCGCGAUACAACCGCCGAAAAGAGAACUACACUGACAACGAUGGGUUCACCACAACUUAUGACUCCGCUUCUCCCACUGACUCGGCUGCUCCCACUGCUAAAACUGCUUCCGCUGAUGAGGCUUCCCCCGCUCCUUCCCCAGGUUUCGUGUUCCACCAACUUGGAAGGCUAUAG